AUGAAUCAUCAACAACGUCUUGCUUCUUUAAUCGAUCAAUUAAAGCGAGCCGCACGAAAUCAUCAUCAUGAGCCUCCUUCCACAUCUUUUAGCCCAUCAUCAUCCAAUGCUCCUUUUCCAUCCAUUGAUUUCAUAUAUAAUGUAACUUCUCUCGGAGUCUUGAAAGGAAAACGAAGUCCCACUCUCAACUUCCGAUCCUUUAAAAACGUUCCAUACGCACAGGCACCUGUUGGUUCUCUACGAUGGAAUGAUCCAAUACCUGUUUCUACUCCAUUUCAAGGAGUGUUAGAUUCAACUGAAUUUGGUCCACAAUGUCCACAGAAUUGUUUAUUACCAAAAGGUUUAUGUGCAGAGACAAUGAGUGAGGAUUGUUUGAGUCUCAAUGUCUACACACCUGACCAAAUGGAUAACAGCAAUGGAAGUUUACCUGUCAUGGUUUUCUUUCCGGGUGGUCAUUUUGAUAUGGGAACUGCUAAUUGUCAACUCUACGAUGGUGGAUAUUUCGUUGGAAAGACCAAUGUCAUUCUAGUUACUGUUAAUUAUCGUUUGGGAGCAUUUGGAUAUCUAGUUGAUUCCAAGAAUGGUAUCAGAGGUAAUUUUGCUCUUAAAGAUCAAAGACUGGCAUUGAAAUGGGUUCAGAAAUUUAUUUCAGCAUUUGGAGGCAAUCCAAACUCUGUGACCAUUUUUGGAGAGUCAGCAGGAGCUGGAAGUGUCACUGCAUUAUUAAUGAAUAAGGAAAGUUGGCCUCUUUUCCACAAAGCCAUUCUUCAAUCCAAUCCAUUAUCACUUCCAUUUCGAGACAUUUCGAGUAGUGAUCUUUUGGGCAAUCGUUUCAUUACUGAAAGCGGAUGUUAUAAAUCUGAAAACACACUUCAAUGCAUUAGAAAUAUGAAAUGGCAAGAUGUUGUGAGCAUUGGAGACUCUGCAAGCAAUCAUUUAAAUAUUUGGCAUCCAAUCAUUUCAUUCAUGCCAUGGACUCCUUGUCUCGACGGUAAAGAAUUAUUUGAACAACCCUUAGAUGCUUUCAAAAAUGGUAAUUAUGCCAAAGUUCCAAUGAUUAUGGGAACCCUGUCAGAAGAAGCCAUCAUGUUUGUAUAUUUGGCACUUUCCAAUCCUCUUCCUUUCUACGAGUACGAUGGUGCCUUAAUUGCUUUAUUUGGAUUAUUCCAUUACUCAAAAGUUCAUUCCUUAUAUCCUCCAAGUGGCAGUGAUCAACGUGUGGAAUUUUCCAUUCUCGGAACGGAUUAUAUUUUCACAGCACCCACACGAAAUGCACUCAUGAAUAUUCACAAUCAUCAACCAAACAUUCCCGUCUAUUUAUUUGAAUUCAAUCAUACACUCUCAUUUAGCACCGAAGCAUGGAUGCCACGAUAUCCUUUCUGUAUUGGUCAUGUCUGUCAUGGUUCUGAACUUCCAAUAUUAUUUCACACUUCAGAAUUAUUGAAUUUACCAUUAACACCACAAGAAGAAGAGUUGUCAGCUGCCAUGAUGAAUUAUUGGACAAAUUUUGCUAAAACUUCAAAUCCAAAUCUUUCAUCGACCAAGUCCUCCACCCUUAAUGUUCCAACCUAUUGGGAACGUUUCACUCCUUCUAAUUUAUUGAAUAUGGAGCUUCAAACUCCAAAUGUAUUUAUGAAUUAUGGACUUCGAAAACAGAAAUUAGACAUGUUUGAUUCCAUUGGAUAUCAUCAUGGAUAUUAA